AUGUCUUCUUCUGGUACAAUAAUAAGUUUUAGUCAACGUUCAUACGAUGGUGAUAAUGAUUUUCAGGAUGAAGAAUUAGAAGAAGAUAAACUCGAAGUGCAAAAGAUAAUGAACAAUAGUCGUGAUGCGCUUCUAUUUGUUAUCUAUUGUACUCCUACAAUGUUUUCAAUUGAACCUAGUCAAAAUUCAGAACAAAUGCAAGAACAAGAGCAAUAUUCAACAUUUAAUUCAAUAAUAAAAUGUAUAUCAGAAAUAAUGUUUGAUAAAAUGACUACUGAACAAAAUAAAGAUUUAAUGGGAGUUAUGCUUAUUGGAACAAAAAAUGCGCAAAAUAGGCUUGAAAAAGAUCAUAUUUAUGUCUUACAAAAUAUUGAUUCUUUAGAUAUUCAUAGAAUAAAAGAAUUAAACGAAAUUGUAUCUGGUGAUUUUGAUUUUGAAGAAAAAAUCGGAAUAUGGGAUGGUGAAUUUCCUUUUGGUGAUGUAUUUUGGGUCUGCAGUGAUAUUUUUAAUCCUUUAACUUCAACCACAAUCAAGACAAAAAGAAUUUUCUUAGUAACUAGUGUUGAUAAUCCUCAUCCAACAAAUAAAUAUUUACGUAGUUCUACAAUGACUCGUGCAAAGGAUCUCAUCGAAUCGAAAAUUGCAAUAAAUAUUUUUGGUAUUAAUUCUAAACCUGACGAACCAUUUAAUUUGGAUGCAUUUUAUUCUGAACUAUUAACAUUGGAUAAUGAUAUUACCAAUUAUUCUUUUGUGAGCACAUCUAAAGAUUAUGAAAAAAUGGCACUACAAAUUAAGAGUAAAGAAGCACCAAAAAGGUCCACCUUUUCAAUCCCAUUCCGUUUGUUUGAAGAUGAGUUAACAAUUGGUGUUAAAGGAUAUUCAAUGAUAAUUCAAAAAGAUAAACCUACGUAUAAAUAUGUACAUAUGAGGUCUGAGACUGCUCGUGUAGCGGAAAUCAAAACAGAAUGGAUUUGUGCGGAUACAACUCAAAGAUUAAUGAAAGAAGAUAUGAAACUUUAUUAUCCUUAUGAUGAAAUAGCCAAGAUUAAGAGCAUUGAUGAUAAAAAAGGAAUAACACUUCUUGGAUUUAAACCUGCCAGUUAUUUAAAAUUUGAAUAUAAUCUCGAACAUUCAUUGUUUAUUUAUCCUGAUGAAGAGCAAUACGAAGGCAGCACAAGAACUUUUGCUGCACUACACAAGAAAAUGCUUGAAUUGGAUAAAAUAGCUAUAUGUUUUAUCACUCGUUCCGUUGGACGUCCACCAUCUUACGUUGCACUCAAACCACAAGUAGAAAUAUUAGAUGAAAAUGAGCAACAAAUUGAAUCCCCCGGAUUCCAUUUAAUUAUUUUACCAUCUGCUGAAGAUAUCCGACCUCAUCCUCCUAAUGCAAAAAUUGCCCCUGCACCUGAUGAAUCAGUCAAUUAUAUGAAUCAAAUAAUUGAUAACUUGAUAAUAAAAGAUGGAUAUGACCCUAAUAAAUUUCCAAAUCCACUUUUGGAAAGGUUUUAUCAUGUUCUAAAACAAAUAGCUCUUAAUGAAAGUUUAUCGAUUGAAACUCCCGAUGCAACGAUACCAAAAUAUUCAGUUAUAGAUGAGAAUGUUGGCGAAUUAAUUGAAGAAUUUAAUAAAGUGGCAAGAAAUAUAGAAUCAAAUCAAAUGAACAUGACACCAGAAUCACUAACAGAAUCAGCAUCUUCAUCAUCUCGUCGUAAAUCAUCUACACCAAAGUUAGGUGUAGAAGAAUUAUAUAGACAGGAUAUGGCUACUGUUGCCGAAUUAAAAGCAUAUUUAGAAAGCAAAGGAUUAAGACCACAUGGUAAAAAACCUGAUCUUAUGAAACAAGUUGAAGUAUACCUUGGAUAA